AUGGGGGGGACACGGGGGGCUGCCGGGGAUGGCGGAGCAGAAGCGCCCCGGGGUGCCGGGGGCGAUGCCGGGAAUGGUGGUGUCGAUGCCGGGGCAGGAACAGCCGGGGGCACCGGAGGGGGCACCGGAGGGGAUACCGAGGAGGGUACCGAGGGAAAAGCGGCGCCGGCGGCAGCGGGCAGCUCCCAGCGCCGACAGGAACCCACUUGGCUUCAGGACGAGGACGAUGAGCUGUGGCCUGAGUUCCCUCCCUGCUCGUCCCCAGAGGGGGCCACCAGCCCUACGUCCCCUAUGUCCCCUACAUCCCCUACGUCCCCCAUGUCCCUUACGUCCCCCAUGUCCCCUACAUCUCCCACGUCCCCUAUGUCCCCAGCAUCCCCAGUGUCCCCCACAGCUGGCACCGCCGAGGACACGGGGGGCAGCACGAGGGCUGCUCCAGCGGGGGGGACACGGGACAAGGCAGCCCCCGGCUCGGCAGGACAGAAGUUGAGGCUGGAAGGGGCCGGGGGACGGCCACGAGUGGGGGCUCGGGCACAGGGGCGCAGCGCCAUCCUGGAGAAGUUCGGAGGGGCUGCCAAGGGCCCAGCCCCGCACUUGCGGCGCUCGGGCGGGGCCGCCACGGUCAAGACGAUGCUGCUGGAGUGGUGCCGCGCCCGCACCCGCGGGUACCCGAACGUGGACGUGCAGAACUUCUCGGGGAGCUGGGGCAGCGGCCUGGCCUUCUGCGCCCUCCUGCACAGCUUCUUCCCCGACGCCUUCGACUUCGCCGCGCUGGAGCCCAGCGCCCGCCGGGACAACUUCGCCCUGGCCUUCGCCACCGCCGAGGAGCGGGCGGGCUGUGCCCCGCUGCUGGAGGUGGAGGACAUGGUGCGGCUGCCGGUGCCCGACGCCAAGUGCGUGUACACGUACGUGCAGGAGCUGUACCGCUGCCUGGUGGCCAAGGGGCUCGUCAAGACCAAGAAGCGCUGACAGGGAGGGUCCCCCACAGCCCCUCAGAUGUGCCACCCCCUCCUCGUCCCCUGCUCUGUCCCCCAGCAGUAAAGGCCGUGG